AUGCCAGGUAGAGCUGCCGCCUCUGCUCGUCCCUACAAGGUCGAUGCUUCCUCGCCUGUAGAUGCUGGGUUCCACCUCCCCGCUGCCACGAAACAGCUAGCCAAUUGCGGUCCCGAAUCCAAAGCCUCGCCAGACAUUUGUCCCUCGAGGUUCCUCGCACCCGAUACUUCGACUUCGUGCUGCCACUUCACUCUUUUGCUGGCAAUCCUCCAGGACGGAAAUCCUUCAAGACCUUAUCCGUUUUCCACCAAACCAUUUCUCGCCCUUCCACCUCGAGGCCGCACGAACCGGGACCGCCUGACCCAGCUAGACACCGCUCGCCGCCCUUGCCAGCACCGUCUACCCACCUACAGCCCAUCACUCGCUCGCGCUGCCGCUUGCUUCGUCUCUUCCAAAACUAACAACAUGCCAGUCAACUUUGAAGAUCCCUGGUUCAAGGGCCAGGAAGUAUCCUACAACGUAUCCGAGCUCCAGGAAUGCGCCAUCGCCGUCGACGCGUCAUACUUUCUCCGACAGCUCCUCGAACAAGCGGAAAACUAUAAUGAACCGUUGCUGACCGCCCUCGGAGGCCUUACCGGCAUCCAGGCGCGCAUACAAGUCGAAUUGGACAACUGGCUCAGGAACCGCACAACCCCCUUUUUCAUUUUCGAUGGCCAACCUAUGGUCGGACAAGACGAGGUCACCACCAAGCAGGGUCGGGAGAUCCAGAAACAAACCGGUGUUGCGUGGAAGCUCUAUAGCGAAGGCCAAGCCGAGGCAGCUGUGGCCGCUUUUGGCGAGUGUGCGAGCCAAGGUCUAUACAACAUCCAGGCCCUGUAUCCCAUGCUUCAAGAUGAGCUGAGGCUGCGGAAACUUCACUUCUUGGUCGCACCUCUCAAUGCUGCUGCGCAGAUCGCAUACCUGGACAUGAUCGAUUCUGAUCAAUGCGGCGGCAUCAUGGGCCCCUUGGAGCUGAUGCUCUAUCCUAUUCAAGACACCGUCAUUCGCUCAAUCGACUGGACCAGCAACACUUGCGCGGCCAUCUCCAAGAAGAACGUUAUGAAGGUGCUCAACGUCAGCGAGCCACACUUCAUUGACGCCUUUCUCAUGACCGGCACCCCCUUCCUUCCUCCGUUCCCGCCGCUCACGGAUUCUACCCUUGUCAAGAGCCAGCCUUAUAACAUUGUGGAUGCCAUCAACAUGCUCCGGACAGCCGACAAAUCAGUCACGAUGGUCAGCACUACCUUCCACGAUUUGAUCAAGAACCAGGAUCCUACUUGGCUGGAUAAGUAUCGCAAGGCAUGGAUGGCUGUCAAGCACUUUGUUUACAUUGCGGAGAGCGGCGAAGUCAAGGUUCACGACGCGGACCACCUAACAAACGACAACCACGAGUAUCUAGGCCUCCAGAUUCCCUGGGAGAUGUUCCACUACCUCAACACUGGCUUGAUUGGGCCUCGCCUUCUGAGCUGGAUCACGCACAGCCAAGUAUACGUCUUGCCGACGCUGGACGGUUCCGCUACGGAGGAAUACAAGAAGCUCGUCUCGAGCCAACUCAUUCCUCUUGAGGAGACUGCGCUUAGCUUGGUGCUCGCCCGGUUGCACCGUGGUAUCGUUUACAAGGAUAUCAAGGCGAAGGUUUGGUAUGAUGAUAGCUAUUCCGCCACUGUGCUCGACCAUCGUCAUGAAGCCAGGACCAAGACCAACUACGGAGUACAAAUGGCCACUUGGGGAGUUAUCAAGGAAGCGGACAUUAAGCAGCAUUUCCCCGGCUUCGAGCACGGUUCGAUAUUUUCCGAAGUGCAUGCUUUGACGAAGCCUGAUUUUGUCAAGCUUACCUUUGCCGAGCAAAAGAACAAGGCGAGGAAUGUUGAAUCAGCGAGCAUCAUCAAGUCGAUUUGUUUGUGGAGAUAUCUCCAUAUCCGCGGCUAUAUCGACGACCAGCACAACUUGACUAACUGGGGCAAGGCUUUGGACCGCGCCAUGGUCGCGCUGGAGCCAGUGGUGAAGAAGUUCCCUACGGUUCCCUAUCUCUACGAGUCGGUGCUUGUUGCCAUGGAAAUGGUCAGAUUUGGACUUCUCAACGGCAGUCUCAAGGUUGUGGAGCCUCUGAGUCUCCCUAUGCACGGCGAUGACGAUGACAAGUCUAGUCUGAUGUUGAUCAGCCGCUGUGCGACACUGCUUAAGCUGCGACACCAAGCUAAUGGAUACACUGGUCCUCUGAGUAAGAAUCUGUUGACGUUCCACUCCUUGGCUGGCGAGGUUAGGAGUGCUGAACGCGCUUUGAUGGAGGCCAUUUUGGCUUCUCUUUUCCUCUACGGCCAGGGACAGCGGAAGAGGGAUGAUAGCUGGGAGCUCAGCCACCAGCUUCCCUUCCUCUUCAACCCCGAUGUCGCUCUCGGAAUUGCCGUCAAGACGUACUUUGACGAGACGAUCAACUGGAACAGUGAGAAAGAGAAGACGGAGAGGCUGGCGACGUUCCCCGAUGCGUUCGUGCCUUACUCUAUGGCAUUUAGCGAAGACCUGGAGGUUGCGUGCGAAUUCUUCGAAGCCGUGUAUGCCGGUCUGCAGACGCUGGACGGCCAGGGCAUCUCGGCCAACGAUUUGAAGGCUUGGAGCAAGGCGAAAGAGUAUCUGGCACCGCGGACACUGAAGGAUGCGAGUGGCAACUAG